UAGAGUUCAUAAUAUAAAUAUAUCCUGUUACAUUAAUAUCAAUUCUAUGUCUUAUAUGGAAUGGUAUUAGUGGUUUACUGGUCCCAUCAGGUCAUUUGGCUGAUAUUAAUCAUUAUAUGAUAAUCUGCAUUGGCUGUUCAUGCUGUCUGCAUAACAGUUCAUGUGUUUGUCCUUCCUUCCUAAAACUUGUCAAGCACCUAUAGCCUUGUUACAGCUUGUUUCUAGUGUGUUAUUAACAGUAUACAGUAUUCUUUAAAAAAAAAAAAAAGUUUUAUAGGUGAUGCUGCUGUUGGACAGGGAGUGAUGCGGUACUUUCUGACAACAAUAAUAUCCAAACUCCAGUUUGGAUUCAGAAUGAAUCUUGGAGGAGUGGGCCAAACUCUGCUAUUUGAAGGUGAGCCUGACCAUCUCGUUCCAGCUGCAUCAGAGGUGCUUAUUGAGAGCAACCUCUUCCGGGUUGCAGGAAGGAUGAUAGCCCACUCCUUUUUGCAUGAUGGCCCCCAUGUCACCGGAUUAAGUCCUGCUGUUAUUCAUGUACUGUUCAAUGGGGACCCUGAAAUGGCAACAAUUGUUGUCGAGGACUGUCCUGAUCUGCACAUCAGGAGUAUUAUAACAAUGCUUGAACUUGAAGAACUUACUCAGGAACAGAAGGACACAGUGUCAGAUCUUUCCCUGUCUUGGGAUCUCCCAGCAGUCACUAAAACGAAUCAGAGGUGGCUACAUAACAAACUUCUAGUACACGCGGUCAUCGGGAGGACCAUGCACCAAAUUAAACAGUUGAGAAAGGGAUUGAAAGAUGUGAUGCUAUGGCCCCUGCUGACAUCAAGGCCAGAUGUUGUCCCACUUCUUUUUCUGAAAAUGGCAGGAAUGCAGUUUGUACCCCAGAUGUUCCUAGACAAAAUCACAUGGCCUGUGGAGGACAGUGAUGAUGAAGAACUUGACAUUGAGUGCAAGUGCCGCAUCACUGGUUUUCUACGGAUGUUCAUUGAAACAGCUUCAUCAGAUACUCUGGCUCAGUUGCUGAAGUUCUGGGUCGGCUGGGAAAUGCUCCCUCCAGAACUCAAAGUGGAGUUUUCCGGGGGAACCUUCCCAUCAUCCUCCACAUGCUUUGAAACACUGAAGCUGCCAGCUCAUUACAACACCUACAAAGACUUUGAGGAAGCACUUGUUGCUGCCAUAGACAGUGCACACACUGGAUUUGCUCUUGUUUAAGUAUUUUCAGGCAAUGAUGUUGCUGUGCUUUUAUUCAGUAGAAAAAGGUCAAUUUGAGUGAAGUGAGUUCAGUGUUUUUCUAACAUUUCAAAUACAGUGCAGUAUUUUCUUUCCCUGAAAAUGACACUGCUUUGUUGUUGCUCUUCUGUCAACUGUUUGAUACUUCAGUGUGCAUCACCUUGCUGUCCUUGCCUGUUGUCAUUGGCUACAUGAGGUUGUUGAAAUAUCUCUUGAUGCUAGAAAAAUUGGUUUUAUUUGCAUUAAAACAGCAUAUUAUUAUUUCAGAUUUUUAUUGACAAAUCAAGUUAACUAAUUCAUGAGUGACAUUUGCACAAUAAAUAAAAUAAAAGGCCUGCUUAA